CGUUGUCUGCGUCGAUGGUGAGUCAUGUGCGAGAAACGUGGUAUGUGCACGCGUAAACGACAAGUGCCUCUUCUGGUAGUGACUACUUUGUUAGUUGGCGUACGUCCAGAAUUAGUCGAUCCGAAUUUCAAGGAACCGAUUGCCAAUGUAACCGCAUCAGUUGGACGAGAAGCAAUUCUGUCCUGCCUGGUUCAAGAUUUAGCUGGGUAUAAAGUUGCUUGGCUACGGGUGGAUACUCAAACCAUACUGACGAUAGCCACUCACGUAAUCACGAAGAACCAUCGGAUAGCUGUUUCUCAUAGCGAUCAUCGUACAUGGUUUCUCCACAUACGAGAAGUAAGAGAAUCUGACAGGGGAUGGUACAUGUGUCAGAUUAAUACGGAUCCAAUGAAAAGUCAAAUCGGUUAUCUGGAAGUUGUCGUUCCGCCAGACAUUUUGGAUUACCAGACAAGCACAGACAUGGUGGUGCGUGAGGGUAGCAACGUGACCUUACGUUGCACUGCGACAGGAUCACCGGAACCUAACAUCGUCUGGAAACGCGAGGAUGGUCAAAAAAUAAUUCUGGAGAACGGAACGAAAGUGUCGAGCGUCGGAGGAACAAACUUCAACAUUAGCAAAGUAACUCGAUUACACAUGGGAUCGUAUCUUUGUAUCGCGUCCAAUGGAGUGCCACCCACGGUUAGCAAAAGGAUUAUGCUUAUCGUUCAUUUUCCUCCAAUGAUUUGGGUGCAAAAUCAAUUGGUUGGUGCCAGGGAGGGAGAGCAAUUGACUUUGGAGUGCGACUCGGAAGCUUAUCCCAAAUCCAUCAAUUAUUGGACAAGGGAUAAGGACGAAAUAGUUCCACAAGGAGGAAAAUACGAACCUAUACUGCUGGAUAACGCCUAUAAAGUUCAGAUGAAACUUACAAUAAGUUCUGUCAGUCCAUCUGAUUUCGGAACGUACAAGUGUGUGUCCAGAAAUUCAUUAGGCGAUACCGAUGGCACCAUUAAAGUUUAUCCAAGAAUAUCAAAUUCUAGUAACGGUAACAUACAAUACAAAGGAAAGUUUCGACACAACUCGGGAAACGACGUUUUCGAGGGAAAUCAGGACAUGCUAAAAGAGCGAGAUCUGAAGCUGCGAGGUCGUAAAGAAACCAGCGGAAAUGAAGGAGACGAUUACGAUGAUUCUGGAGUGGCGACGGAAGAGAACUCUUUCAGCCUGAUUUUCGCUUUGGUUACACUUAUCAUUUAUUACCAUCAUCAUCCUCAGUUAAGAACGCUCCAUCCAGCUUGAAAAUUUCACCAUUUGCACACCAUCUCAUCGUCGAAUUUCUCUUUCGAACGCGACACGUGGAAAAUCUGUAAAUUCAUUUGGAAAUCCAUCGCUCAGGGACUUCGCUCGAGGAUAAAUUAUCAAGAAUCGUGCUGACCACUUACACUGUAUUAUAAAGCAUCAUCAUAUGUAACGAUAUUAGCUAUUAAUUUAGUAAAUUAAGUAUAACACAUUCUUCGUCAUGGAAAAAAAAACGCAGCAAGCAAUAAGUAACAGUCUCGAGAAGAAACUUUUGCUGGAAUUGAAUUAACCAUAGAUUAGUACAGGGUACAACUGUAAAAUGAGUGGUUCUCUGGUACAAGAAUAUGUGGAAAAGGUAACAGAAAAUUUCUGGUUUAAAGCGAAUUCGUUUCCAAGAAAAUCGAUUUUUAAGUAUUUGUAGAAUUCACAGCGUGGUUGAUCUGGUUUCCUUUGAUAUUUUAAUUAUCUAUUUGAACUGUUAGUUAGUUAGUGAAAAAAUAUCUGCAAAGUGUUUCAAAGAUUAGAAAUUAUUUUUCAAAUAUUCUUCGUUUUAAAAAGUAUAAAAUUGUAUACUUAUUGAAUUAAGGCUAUGCAAAAGUUUCAACUUUUUUCUAAUAGUAUUCAACGAAUAUUCAACAUUGAUUUUGUUGAAAAUUAAAAUCUUGUAAGAACAAAUUUUACAAUUUUACAGUUGUACUGUGAUUACAUCUGGAUAGUGUAUAAUGAGCCUCGAUCAUACUCAAUUGUAUUUCAUGAUGGUACUCAAAGCUAGUCAAUAUCAGACCUAACUCUUUGCUAGUGUUCAUAUAGUCAUAUAUUUUAAAGUUAAGUACCAUUUUGCUGCGAAUCUUGCGCUCGUUUCUUGCCAUAUUCAGUGUUGGAUUUUCAAAUCAUUGAAUUUCAAACAAUUCAUUGAGAAUUUUCAGAACUUAGAAUAAUUAAUUUAA